AUUGAUAUUAUGGUGGGCAACGGAUGGUGUUCAGGUGCAUUGGAAAUAUGAAAAAAAACAUUGGGAACUGGGCUCAAUUGAUGCGAUUUAAUGCGAACAAGUGAACGCGCGUAGUGACACGGGGCGUUACAUAAUGCAGCCGAGGUGCAUUGCGGGUUUGGCCCAGUGAAGUGCAUCGUUGUUGUUUUAAGUGUUGCUCCUGACGUCUAUCCUAUCUCGCUCAUACUUAUACACACUCUGGUCUGACAAUUACAUCUCAUCAUGCCCACUUCAAUCAAAGUAUCUGAAUUCAUCGAUGAGACUCAUGAUGACUUGAGCAGCCCCACUACCUCAUCAUUUGUGUCCCGUAUGCCUCAGUACAGGAACACAAUAGCUGCCUUCGAAGAGACUCUCGACUUUGACAGGGAUGGUUUAUUGAAAAUGAAGAAGGCCAUUAAGGCCAUCCUCACAUCAGGUGCAACGCACAUAGAAAAUGAAGAGUAUUUAGCUAGAGCUCUAGAAAAAAUUGGUCAUAUCGCGGUUUCCAAAGAUCAGGAGACCGAUAUAGGCGCCGCUUUUAUAAAAUUCUCCGUAGUUAGUAAAGAGCUAUCUGCGUUGAUGAAGACUCUAAUGCAGAAUCUGAACAACAUAGUCAUGUUCCCGUUGGAGACUUUACUUAAGGGAGAUUUGCGAGGCGUUAAGGGCGACUUGAAGAGGCCAUUCGAUAAAGCCUGGAAAGAUUACGAGAGCAAAUACAUCAAGAUCGAGAAGGAGAAAAAGCAGCAGGCUAAGGAUGCGGGAAUGAUCAGGACGGAGGUGACGGGUCACGAGAUCGCCGACGAGAUGGAGAAGGAGAGGAAGCUGUUCCAGCUGCAAAUGUGCGAGUAUCUGAUUAAGUUCAAUGACAUAGAAACCAAAAAGGGCAUAGAUCUGCUCCAAAACCUAGUGAAGUAUUACCACGCUCAAACGAACUACUUCCAAGACGGCUUGAAGACUAUCGAGCACUUUGGCAAUUAUGUUGCCGAUCUAAGCGUUGAGCUGCAGAAGAUCAGACAGAAGCAGGACGACGAAAGAAGAAAGCUGAAUGAUCUUCGGGGAUUGAUCCGCGCUGCUCCCAGCAUCGAGAAGGAGGUUGGUUCGAAUGUCGAUAAAAGUGCUGCUGGUUACUCGCUGCAUCAGCUGCAAGGCGACAAGCAUCAGGGCUACACCAGGAGCGGUCACCUGUUGAAGAAGUCGGAGGGCAAGAUGCGGCGCGUCUGGCAGAAACGCAAAUGCAAAGUCAAAGCGGAGGGUUAUCUGGAGAUAUGCCACGCCGACGAAAGCAAACCUCCGACCCGGGUCAAUUUGCUCACCUGCCAAAUAAAAAUUGUCCCGGAAGAUAAACGUGGCUUCGACUUAAUAUCUUAUAACCGGACAUACCAUUUCCAAGCAGAGGAUGAGCACGAUCAGCAUGCUUGGAUGUCUGUUUUAGUGAAUUGCAGGGAACGAGCUUUAAUGAAAGCUUUCGACGCUAGCAGUGCUUCAGGGGGUGACAAAGUUAACCAUGGCUUUAUAGAGUUACAGCAAACGAUAAUUAGAUACAUCCAGAGGAUUCCAGGAAACGAUCACUGCUGUGAUUGUGAUUCGAAAAAUGAUGCGACGUGGCUGUCUACAAAUUUUGGCAUCAUCGUCUGCAUAGAGUGUUCCGGAAUCCAUAGAGACCUAGGUGUUCAUAUAUCGCGUAUUCAAUCCUUAACCUUAGAUAAUCUGGGAACUAGUCAGCUUUUGCUUGCGAGACAUAUGACAAAUCAAUCGUUCAAUGAUAUAAUGGAAGCCAAGUUACCUUUUGGAAAUAAACCAACUCCGUCCAGUUCAAUGGAAGAGAGAUUUACGUUUAUAAGAGAGAAAUAUGUAGAUAAGAGGUAUUCGAUGAAAACGAGACACGGCGGGCACGAGAAACUUUACGACUUGGAGGAGGCCAUCAACUCUGAGGAUUUGGGUCUUGUGGUGCAAACAUUCGCUGAGAACGUCGAUCUAAUGGCCAGCUUACCGACAUCCGAUCACGGCGAAACAGCCUUGCAUCGAGUGGUCAUGAAAUCUGGCAGCAAGAAUUUGGCAAUCGUUGAUUUUUUGGUGCAAAAUAUGAAUUCAACUGGCAUUGAUAAGCAAACUUUACCGCCUUCCUCCUCGGAUAUAUCUGGCUGCAAUACAGCAUUGCACAUUUGCGCGCUUUAUGAUAAAACUGAAUGUAUGAAACUUCUGUUGCGUUGCGGUGCUGAUACAACGAUUAGGAACUCCCAGGAUAAAACCCCAAUGGACAUAGCUCAGGAAAUGGGUCACAGGACUUGUCAAGAGCUAUUGCAAAAUGCCGUUAAUAGGCAAAAGCAUUUAUUCGACAAUAUCAACAUCGAGUGGAAUUUAUCGCACGAUGAUGGAUCCACCGAUUUCUCAGAUGACGAUACGAUUAUUGAUGAUAGGAACGGAUCUUUAACACCGGAAAAGAAGAAUCGCUCACGUCCCCCGAGUUACACAGGUGGUGAUUCGCCGAUAACCUUACGUUCGAGAUCUUCGACUUGUGAUAGUUUGCAAUCAGGUAGUAGUCCAAAUAGUAAUAAUCGACAAAUGCCACCACCACCUCCUCCACAAUCGAGAAAACCCGUCAUUACCAAUGUACAUGGCAGUCUGAAGAAGCGCGUUGCUCCAUUGCCUCCGUCUGGUGGAAUGCAAAUGUCUUCGGGUUCUAUGUACGGCACUCUACCUAGCAGCCACAGUAGGACUCCUUCAGAUCCUGUAGCUGCUGGUUAUCAUACUCUAAGUCAUACUCAUAAACGGUCUCCUAGUAGUGACUCUAGUUCAAGUCGUUCUGUGAUACAAUAUGGUAAUAAACUAGUCAUGCCAAUCGACCCGAAAGGGAUCGACAAGUUGACCCAGGUCAAGCGACCGCUGAAUCCGCCUCCGCCUGCUCCGAGUCCGCGCCUGUCCAACGGCAGGUCAAAUGAAAGCAUAUCUUCAAUGGUGUCCGACCUGGACACCUCCGGCCAUAAUCCUAUACCACCGCCGCGCAGGAAGAGACGACAAAAUUCCUACAAUUUUAUACAAGUCAUUAAACCGGCAUCUGACUCGCCGCCUCACAAGCUGGCUUCGAGUCCUAUAUCCACCGGAUCCUUGUCAUCACCCAGGAUGUCGUACACACCAAAUGGGAGCUGUCCUCGAAGAUGCAAAGCCCUUUACGACUGCAACGCCGACAACGAUGACGAACUGUCGUUCCAGGAAGGCGAGAUCAUCGUUGUGAUAAACGAGAAUACGGAUGAUGAAAACUGGAUGGAGGGCGUUGUUGAGAAUGAACCGGACAGGAGAGGAAUGUUCCCGCUUAGCUUCGUUCACAUGCUGCACGACUAGUGAUAGCAGUACGUGUGUGUAUAUAUUUAACCUUUAUAUAAUGAUUUAUUCUUAUGUUUAUUUUUUCAAUUAUCUUACGUUUAUGAGGGACCAUUUAAAUCUCCUUAGAUUACAAUUUACUUUUCGUUCCUUCUGAACGCCCGCUCCAUCUUCUAGGUCUCGCUUCUGAGGUCUGCCAUAUAUAUUAAGCCAUCUUAAAAUUAAGUGAUUCAUUGUGUGCGUCUGCAUACGGAGCUCCUUCGGAGAGUCUUGAUAUGGUAUUUAUUGUAAUCGCUCUGUGUGUAUACCUCAAUGUUGGAUGUCCUUUUCAUUUUGUUCAUUCGCGCGCUCGCCUUUUAUGGUCCAAAAAAAAACUUAAAUAACAAAUAUAUAUAUAUGUGUGUAUAUAUAUAUAAUAGACGUAA